CCGGAAUACAGGAUGCGCACAAUAAGGGCAUUAAUGACACAAUAACAGUCUCUAUGCGACUUUGUGAACAUAGAAAAAAAAACAUGACCUCUAUAAAAGGAGUUCCAUGCUUUCUGUUUCUGAUGCUCGGAAUUAUAUAUAAUGUGCACGCCAGUACAAGGAGUUGUGCCAUUCCAAGCGGGGUCCAGUACAGAAGAUCUUUUUAUAGUCCUCAAUAUGGCUCGAACAUAAGCAGAUAUCCCGCAGGCAGACGAAUAAAUCAUGGUACAAAAAUAAGGGUCAUCUGUAAGAAGGGCGUAUACCACGAUAUAGCUUUAAGCAAAUGUCAUGACGGUAGAUGGGUCCCGGAUCUGCCACAUUGUAAUGUAGAACAAAACUGCACAAUACCGCGAUCGGGACGGUUUAGACGGACCAUAUACCGUCCGAAAUCUGGUCCAAGCACCAGUAAUUACCCCGCUGGGUCUGUGAUCAACAAUGGCAGUACUAUUAUGGCUAUUUGUAAGAAGGAUAUAUACGGAGAUAUGGUAACGGCCUGGACUUUAAGUGAAUGUAAGAGGGGAAAAUGGAAACCAAAAUUGCCAAGAUGCAAAGAACAGAAAAGAUGUCGAGCACCACCGUCAUUUCAGCAUGCCACCGCAUCCGAAAGAAUAACGCCCUAUAUAACUUUUCCACACGGCACUAGUGUGACGUAUACAUGUGACGUCGGCAAGAUGGCGACCGGAAGCGAUACUGUUGUUUGUAAGGAUGGAAAAUGGUCUGAUACGAGCUUCCAGUGCGAAGCUGACCCUGACUUCAAGCCGGAUACCACGACUGUACCGUCGUCUGGUACUCAGAGGGACACGUGUUCUCAACUGACUAUCGAGAAUGGACGUAUCUCUGUCAAAGAUAUGUCCAAUAGUACCUAUGACGUCACGUGUAACGCAGGAUUCCGGUUAAGAUUUGCAAAAACGUAUAGAUGUAGACAUGGCAGAUGGAUUGGUGCAAAACCUGAAUGUGUGAGAGCUUUGGCACGGUGCAAGUUCCCGUUCCCGAUGAGAAGAGGUUCCGUGCUCAGGUCUAACGCUACAGGGGAGGUAAUAAAUGCCUUUCAUAUCGACCAUUGGACCCGAGCGGUACAAACGUGCUCAGGGAAUCGGAGAUUUGCAAAUAGCAGGACAGUGAGAUGUGUAAACGGGCGCUGGCGACCAGGUCUUAUGACAUGUAGCCACUCUAGCUCCGGAAACCGUCAAAAAAGAACUUCUGGUAUCAUACGUCAUAAAAGAUCAGAGAGCGACUGUGUGAUACCAAAUUUGAGAGGUGGAGAGGCAGUAUAUCAUAACGUCACUUCCGGUGAGCGUAACUCAUAUGUCGCAGACGACAGAGUUCGGCAUGGGCAGAUAGUACAAAGAGAGUGUUUGGAAGGGAUAAUGUUACUUCCGGUGGUUCAGUUCAACACAACAAUGGUUACAGAGUGUGACAACGGGGAAUGGAAACCAAGCUUUCAGCGGUGUCUAAGAGAUGAAAAAGAUACGGUAUUCUUUGACAAUACAAUUGAGGAAACGACUACAGCCGUCACAUCACCUCAGGUGUCAACUCUGCCACCAGAUGUUCGGUACAGACUGCAUAUUAAGUAUAACGGCGAGAGGUCUAUUUAUGUUUUACUUGACGGAUCCCUGCAGGCUUGUGUACAACUGCAACUUGACCCGAAUGGUCAACAAGGCGUCAGGAAGUACGAAGUGUCCGCAGCCGAUACGGGAGAGAUAACCCGGAUUAGAGCUUCAUACUCGAGCCAGUGUAGUGAUGCAGAUGCGAACGUUGACAACUUGUUGUUUGUGUCCAUAUACAAGGAGGAUACUGGUGAAUUUUAUAUAGAGAGAUUCCAGCAAGAUGGUGGCAGUCAUCCAACACCAAUAAGAGGAAGGCCAUGUAAACGGCAGUUUGAACGACAGUCAAACAAGAAGCCAUACUCUUAUCAGAAUGAUAAUGAAUAUAAUGAAUACAGUGACAUCAUCGACGAGACAGAAUGUCAACUUAAAUGCAUAGAGGAAGAAGAGUUUAAUUGCCAGAUCGCCUAUUAUAGCAGCCAACAUAAGUCAUGUUAUGUUUUUAUGGACGUACCUCUAAAUGAUUUGGAUAGCUCUAGAGUGACAGCAUCGUUAUUUCAAAGAACAGAUAACUGUUCAACUGAGAUAUAAUACUAUUGUAUAUAAUUAUAAACUUUACUGGGCAAACAUUAUUCUUAAGGCAGGCCUAAAAUACUUCAGAAAACUCUAUAUCGCUGCUGAUUUUGGUACGGAAAUGGUACCCGCCGAUCUGUCAAUAUCCCCAUCAGGGUAUUUUGUUGGGAACUAACAAAUGGAAUCAAUUGAAUUCAAUUGAUAUUUUUGUGUCUGUCUUUUUUCGUAAAUAUAAAAGCAUGGUACGCACUGAUGGGAUCUCAUAGAAUCUUGUCAUAUUAAUGGGCGAUACUAUGAGAAGGUGUUAGAGUACAGGCAAUCAAUUCUUUUUGUUUUUAAUCAUGUCCAUUUUUUUAACUUAAAGUUUCAAGUUUCUGUAGAAAUGAUUACUUUGCUACUACUGAAGAGAAUUUAAAGAAAUACGUGAUUUUGAAAUGAAAGUGCUACUCAAGAGAACUUUGAUUGUGUUUUGGAUAAUUACCUAUCAUCGCCUAUGAUCUUAGCUGCUGAUGGAAACUUCAUAUUCAGAUGCUUGUUAGUGAACAGUCAAUGACUCCUAUUGUUUCUACUUUUCUACUAGUUCAUAGGUCAAGGUCACUGUGGCAUUAAAUUUGGAAAUAGCUUUUUGACAAUACCUGAAGAAUGCUUUGACCAACAGUUGUAAAACCUAAGGCCUAACAAAAAAAAUUGUUUGUUUCCAGUGACAUGGCCAAAAAAAAUAGGGUAGGUAGGUAGGCAUUUUUUUUUUUAGCUCACCUGUCACAUAGUGACAAGGUGAGCUUUUGUGAUCACCCUUCGUCCGUCGUCCGUCGUCUGUGCGUCCGUCCGUCCGUGCGUGCGUGCGUGCGUCAACAAUUUCUUGUCUGCACGAUAGUGGUUUCAUUUAUGAUUUUAUUUUAACCAAACUUGCACACAACUUGUAUCACCAUAAGAUCACGGUUCCUUUCUUGAACUGGCCAGAUCCCAUUAUGGGUUCCAGAGUUAUGGCCCCUGAAAGGUCCAAAAUUCGCUAUUUUGACCUUGUCUGCACAAUAGCAGCUUUAUUUAUGAUUUGAUUUUUACCAAACUGGCACACAACUUGUAUCACCAUAAGAUCUUGGUUCCUUUCUUCAACUGGCCAGAUUCCGUUAUGGUUCCCAGAGUUAUGGCCCCUGAAAGGGCCAGAAUUAGCUAUUUUGACCUUGUCUGCACAAUAAUAACUUCAUUUAUGAUUUGAAUUUAAUCAAACUUGCACAAAACUUGUGUCACCAUAAGAUCUCGGUUCCUUUCUUGAACCGGCCAGAUCCCAUAAUGGGUUCCAGAGUUAUAGCCCCUGAAAGGGCCAAAAUGAGCUAUUUUGACCUUGUCUGCACAAUAGCAGCUUCAUUUAUGACUUGAUUUUAACCAAACUUGCACACAACUUGUAUCACCACAAGGUCUUGCUUCCUUUCUUGAACUGGCCAGAUUCCUUUAUGGGUUCCAGAGUUAUGGCCCCUUAAAGGUCCCAAAAAUUGGCUGUUUUGGCUUUUGCAGCCAUAUAGAGACUUCAUUUAUGGUUUUAUUUGACACAAACUUCCAAAAUAUCUUCAACAACAAUAAAUCUUGUAUUCCAUGACAAAUCAGAUCCAAUCGUAGGUUCAAGAGUUAUUUUAUAUCUGAUUACCUCCCCUGAUUGUAAUCAAAAUGGAUUUAUAUCAUUAAGUACUUAUAGGACUUAUUUGAAAUUUCAUUAUUGUUAUUAGUUGGACUGAGACAAUCAGGGUAGAUAACUAUGGACUGAUUUUAUGUCAAAUUACCUCCCUUUAUUUCAAAUUAAAACGGGUAUAUCUCCGUAACUAAUGAAGAUACUGAUCUGAAAUUUCAUUGAUGUCAACAGAUUUAUUUGGCAGAUCCUUUUGUUCACUUACAAUACUUUUUUUUUAAUUACUUCCCUUUUACGUUACUAUAAAUAGCUUAUUUUUAGUAACUUUUUUAUUUUUGGCCGUAGGGAAAAACCGAGACCACUUUUCUGUGGUACAACAUGGAUGGUACCUCCAAUUUUUAGGUGUGUUUUGACAUAUCUAUACCUUGUAAGAAUUUUUUUUCUUUUUGGUUAAAUUUCUUCCUUUUGUUGUUCCUGUCCUUUGGACUAAAAUGUUUUUUCUGAGGGCCUUCUUGUCCUCAAGUGCAAUGAUAACAGGUGAGCGAUAUAGGGCCAUCAUGGCCCUCUUGUUUUUUUUUGUUUUUUUUAAACCUAACACCACCCUAGUUUCAAACAGGGAGAUUAUAAACCUUAUAAACAUGCAUCCUAUUGUUAUGUUUGAUUUACACCUGAAUGUACAAUGACUUUGAUGAUGUUUUAGCAAUAUAAAAUGCCAUUUGAUUGUGUAUUUAAAUAUUAUGAAAUAAAUAUAUGCUUUAUGUU